AUGCUCAUCAUUGCUUUAGACUAUGACUACGUGCCCUCUGCAGAGCUUACGUGCACAAAGGAUGCACGGACCAUGUACAGGAUGGCAGGGCGCGCCAACGUGGAUGACAUCACCGUCAUAACGGACAAGGCAGGCGCAGGCUCUCCCAGCUUUCCCACACGUUCAUUUGUACUGCGCCAUAUGCGGCAAGUCGCGAAGCGAUGCGAAGAAGGCGAUUGGUUUGUGUGGUUCUGGGCUGGCCAUGGUGUGAACGUGCCUGAUUUCAACGGGGAUGAGAAGGACGGCCUGGACCAAGCCUUCGUCACGCCAGAUGCCAACGGCCGACUUACUGAAUCGGCGGUCUUGAUCGAUGACGAGUUUGCCAUGGCCUUAGACACCUUCGUCCCAGAUGGAGUGCGGAUCCUAUGUAUCAAC